CAAAAAAAAUACAAUGAAGCACUAGACAUUGCCAAAGAAAUUCCUGAUAACUACAGAAAUAUAAAAAUUAUUAUGGCUUAUUGUAAUAAGGAAAUUGGUCAUGACGAAUCUGCUUUUAAACUCUAUGAAGAAAUUACAAAUGAAAAAAUAGAAGAUUUAAAGAAAGAAGAAAAUUUAAUAAAGUAG